AUGCCACCAAGAAGAGCAGCUUCUUCACAAAACAGUCAAGCUAAUGAUGAUGUACCUCCAAUUGAGGGUUUGCCUCCCGUGAGUGCAAAAAUGAUCUAUAGGUAUCUUGGGACACUAGCUGGUUUAGUUGAACGCCAAGCUCAAGCUGUUGGGACUAAUGUUCAGAGACAGUCUUCAUCUUCUAAGGGUAGCUCUUUUGAUGACUUCAAGAAAUUGGGUCCUCCUUACUUUUCUGGUACUUCAGAUCCAACAGAGGCAGAGGCUUGGAUUAUGAAAAUAGAGAAAUUCUUUAAUGUCAUUGAUUGUUCUGAGGAGCAAAAAGCCUCUUAUGCAGCAUUUAUGUUGGACAAAGAAGCAGACCAUUGGUGGCGCAUGACUAAAAGGCUUUUGGAGGAUCAGAGGCUUAUUGUUUGUAGUCAGUUUUGGGAGGCUUUUUAUAAGAAGUACUUUCUUGACAGUGUUCGGCGACAAAAGUUGAUUGCUACAGAGGAGGAAAAAGCAGUAAAGUUUCAGGAUGGACUGAAGCCUUAUCUGAAGAAUAAGAUAUCAAUUCUGAAGCUUAGUGUUUAUUCAGAGGUGGUAGACAGAGCCCUUAUUGCAGACAAGGAUAAUAAAGAGCUUCACCAGUAUAGGGAACAACAAAGGAAGAGGAAUAGGAAUGAGGGUGUUCAUGGUAACCAAGCACAGAAAAAGUCUGCUCCAAGUAGAAAUCAGAAUAAAGGAAAAGCAACACAAAAUUUAUAUGGGAUUUGUCCUACUUGUGGCAAGAAGCAUGGGGGUAGGCCAUGUUAUAGAGAGACAGGAGCUUGA